UAUCAAUAUCGUCUGUAUCAUAUUCUGGUUAAUAAAUAAAAAAAAUAAUGCCCCGGGUGAGGAUCGAACUCACGACCUUAAGAUUAUGAGACUUACGCGCUGCCUACUGCGCUACCGAGGCUCUUGUGCCACUUACUAUAAGUCUAUCAAUAUUAGGCUAAAGCAGAAAUUUGGAUUAAAUUAGGUUAGGUAUACGAAUAAGAUAACCGCAUGGCUAUAUUUUGUCUCUUUUCGCUACUAUGAACGCUACUUUAUUAUUGAUAUAUUUUUUAAAAAUUAAUAUGUUCUACUAUAUAGUUUUAUGAUAAAGCAAUUUGUCAAUAAGUACGAAAAACCGUAGUAGAAAGAAAAAAAGGAAGAACAUGUUCUGCCCAGAAACAUGGAAUUUCAAACCACAACCACAUCAUAGUUCUAUGAAUGUGGUAGAUUUCAGAAAGACAAGUAUACCCACAGUGGUGAAGAAUCAUUAUUUUAAUCAUUCAAUAUCCAUAGUGCUUCCUGACACUGUUACUGUUCCUCAAAGUUUAUACAAUUGUCUAUCAGAAGAUACAGAUUAUUAUCGAAUAAAUGAGUUAUGUGUUAGUGAUCUUUUAAAUAUAGAAUUUAUCGAGGCUUUUGUAAAGAAAGGGGAAAUUAAUCUUUUGACAAUAGAAAAUAAAAUAGACCUACAGAAUUCUAUUUGCGUUAUUCCAACUGGAUGCUUGAUACUCUCUUUGCUAAAAGAUGAUUAUGAAGGACUUGGUUUAGAAGGAAAGCCCUCUGUCUUUAGGCGCAAAUUUCAUACACGUUAUAUAGUGAGAAUUGAUCUAACAAAUGAAAGUUUUGUUCCUGGUAAAAAGAAUUAUGAGAGAGUUCGAAUAGCAUUGAAAGAACGAUUAAAACAAAAAUUUGAUGUUAUAGUAUCAUGGGAUUCGCCAGAAACCAAAGUGUGUCCAUCAUCUAUAGCAGCAUGGUUUCAUGAACACAAUUAUACCGUUCGUCUUUGUCAACAGAAAUUAUCCCAUAGAACUGAAUACUCAGUAUCGAUACCUACUUAUGAAGAUAAAUAUGACAUGAAUGAUAUAAAUUUCUUCGAAUGGCUUGGCGUUUUCAGUAUUGAUGGUGAUCUAUCCACUAAAGAAGAGAAUGAUUAUGUAAACACAUAUCAAUGCCCUUCUCCUUCCAUACAUGUCGGACAAAUACAAUAUUUACAAUGGACCGGAUUCUUUACGCGACAAAAGAUACAAGAAGCGUAUAAUGCUUUAAAACAAUAUAUAUUAUCACGAAAUAUCUUACCGUGGGUUAGUUUAAAUGUGCAAGGAUUUGCAGAUAGCCCUAUUAGUUUUGAUUUAAAAGAAAACACAUUUUUCAUUGAUGGAGAUAACAGUUACACUAUCAUAUUUCGAUCGACAGGCGAAGCCGUUAUACAGAAAAAUUUGAGUAUUAACAAUAAGGUACGUUAGUAAAUUUGUUAAUAUUAUGUUAUAUUUUAUAUCAAAUCUAUCUCAGAUUUUUUUCUUUAAUCAUGGCACUAAAAUUGUGAUAAUAUCUGCAUUAAAACGAUAUAUUUAAAUUCCAUAUUGAACAAGGAAUUGGAUUGUAAGGAAAAUGUUUAAAAAUAAAUUAUUAUACAUUUA